GAGAGAGAGAGAGAGAGAACGAGCAGAUGGUAACCUGGUAAUUAGAAAUAUUUCUAAAGGAAAGUCGUUUUGGCUCUUUUGAACACAAGAUAUACUGGAGAGAAUAAUAAUUCAGAGCUGGAGAAAACGAGAGAGAGACAAAAUGAACCAAUGUGGAAUGAGCUGCGUGCUUCUCAUAUUCGCAGUUGCAGCCAGUAUUGCUGAUCAAGGUAAUGAAGACGAAGAGGGAACAAAUCAACUAAAAGGAAACGUGGAUGUCUCUUUCACAAGAGUCACUCUGGAGUGUCCAUAUCCAAAAACCUCAACACAAUGGAAAAUACAUCAACAAAACAUAAUUUCAACUGGAAAUAAUAUAUAUGUCAUAAACAACUACACAGAUCAAACUGAUGGACUGCAUUAUUGCCAAAAUGGAAAGGAAAUAUAUUAUUUCUUUACCAGAAUAAAGGUGUGUGAAAAUUGCAUUGAGCUGAAUGUGGCAAUGGCAUCAGGACUCAUAAUUGGAGACAUUCUGUUAACCCUGGGGGUCAUCCUCAUUGUGUACCUCUGUACUCGGAUGAAGAGUGGAUCUGCAACUCCUCAGAGAUCAACCCACAUACGCCAGACAGGUGCUCCUACACCUCCUGAUCCAGACUAUCAGAGCCUGAACCCAGCUACACGCAACAGAGAUGUGUAUGCAGAACCGAGUCGGAAACACUGAAGGACUGCUCACUGACUGCAUGUAAACCUUAUUUGAACAUAAGCAAGCCUUUAUAUUUGUCUCUCUUAUUUAAAACUCACUCCCUUUCAUAUCUCUUCAAUCUGAUGAAAACUGUUUUCAGCCUAAUCUCAAUUAAUACUUAACUUUAAGGAUUCUCCAAAUGUCAAGUCAUUGAUUUUUUCCUUCUUCCAAAUUUAAGCAUAAUUUUUGACAAUUCAACGUCACACUUAACAAAUCAUGUAGUCUUAAAAACAGUAAUUUUGAGAUGUUAUAUGCAGCAAAUGGCAAUGCUAUACAACUGAGUAAUUCUAAGUGCACAUGGUCUUCUUUACAACUUUGAGCAACACCAGAAUUUGGUUUCACUGAAUCCAGUGGCAUCACAGCAAUACACUGGCCACUAGGAACAAGGAAAAUCACUCAUGUAGUCAACCAAAUGCAGGUUUUCUGUCUUGAUAUGGCUCAUAUGGUUCAGAAAGAAAGUCUCAAAUAAAAAUUUGUUUUCUCUGCAUAUAAAUGUUUACUAUAUAUUUCAUUAGUUAUUUUAUUUUGUUUUCUUUUGAUAGCAUUGUUUGGGAUGUGCAGGUGACUAGUUACACCAGAUGACUCCCUUUCUGAUUUCAAAAGACAAAGAUGAUGAAGGACGUCUUUUCGAUUUGUCAUGUAGUAUCCAGACAUAUGGCAAAGUGACGUUUAUAUGAUAAAAGGGCUGAGUGUUUCCCUAUAGUCUUUAGAGAACUGCAAAAGAAAUCAGAUUCAAAACUGAAGAUUUGCUCCAAUAUUUCUGUGUAAAUGAUUAAAUGCAUUCUUGAAUUCAUUUUUAAAGAAGAAUCUAUACUAAAAUACUUAGUCUCCAUUUUAUUUGUAGUGUAUAUGAAGUCACACAAACUGGUUUUAUUACUGCAGUUUCUGUGAAAAUAACGCAGCUUUUGUGUCUUCAUGCUGUAAAUGGUUCUUCUCAGAUAUCUUCCAUGCUUACAGU